UCUGCCUGAGCAGCCUGGGAGGAGGAGGGGGCAGCGCAGGCUGGGCAGGCUGGCGCUUUGGGCAUGCGGACCCCACAGGGCCCCUGGGCUGUCCUGUGGGCCGUGCUGCAGCUGGGCUGGCGACCAGGAUGGCUCCUAGAUGCCCCCGACAGGCCCCUCAGCUUCUCCCCCGCCCGGCUAACGGUGCCCGAGGGGGCCAAUGCCACCUUCACCUGCAGCUUCUCCAACACGUCGGAGAUCUUCGUGCUGAACUGGUACCGCAUGAGCCCCAGCAACCAGACCGACAAGCUGGCCGCCUUCCCCAGGGACCGCAGUCAGCCCGGCCAGGACCCCCGCUUCCACGUCACGCAGCUGCCGGACGGGCGCGGCUUCCACAUGAGCGUCGUGGCCGCCCGGCGCAAUGACAGCGGCACCUACCUCUGUGGCGCCAUCUUCCUGAAGCCCAAGACGCAGAUCAAAGAGAGCCCCCGCGCAGAGCUCACAGUGACAGAGAGAGUGGAGGAAUCUUCCACACCGCACCCCAGCCCCCUGCCCACGCCAGGGGGCCAGUUCCAAAGCUUGGUGGUCAGCAUCACCAGCGUCCUGGUGUGUGUCCUGGUGCUGCUGCUACUGGCCUGGGUCCUGACUGCCGUCUGCCCCAGGGCCACUCGAGGUGAGCCCAGUGCAAGACGGGAAGGAGCCCUGAAAAAGGAGGACCCCUCAGCCAUGCCUGCGUUCACCGUGGACUAUGGCGUGCUGGACUUCCAGUGUCGAGAGAAGACCCCGGAGCCCCCUGCCCCCUGCGUGCCUGAGCAGACGGAAUACGCCACCAUCGUCUUCCCCAACGGGCUAGGUGUCUCGUCCCCAGGCCGCAGGGUCUCAGCCGACAGCCCCCAGGGUCCCCGGCCUCUGAGGCCUGAGGACGGACACUGCUCUUGGCCCCUCUGACUGGGGUCCUUGGCCACCAGCGUCCUGCGGACCUCCCACUGUGAGCCCAGGGUGGGCUUGUCCCUCAAGAGGGCUGUGCAGGGCACACAGCGCCCAGCACCUGUGCCAGCCCCUCUGCAGGACUCCGACUUAAAGCCACCAAGAGCCUGGGCAGUGGGGUCGCUGUCCCUUACAGUGAACCCUGAGGCGGACACCACUUGAGGCUCUGCUGGGACAGGCUGGCCCGAGCCUGGCUCUCCUAAACCGCUGCUGCUGCAGUGCAGGGCCGGGCUGGAGUCGCCAGGAGCCUGGAGGUGGGGCCUGUUCGCAAGUGCCCCAGAGUGGCCCUGGGAGGCACCCCAUAGACAGGAGGUCCAGGGACACGUUGGACACAGGGCCGAAGCCAUCCCUCAAGGGGUGCAGGGCGGGAAGUGCACGGGGCGGGAGGUUCUCCAGGGGCCACGCUCCCUGACCUGCAGGAGUUUCCAGGAAGGCGGGAGAGUCCUGGCUGCGUGGCAAGCUCCUCGUGGCAAGCUCCUCGGCAGCCCACUCGGAACCCACUCCGGCCUCCCCCUCGCCCCGGCCGCUCAGGAGGGUCCUAUGGGUGGGGGAGGGGCGAGGCUGGCUCUGGCCCCUCCAGGAGGGGUGAGGGGAGGAGGUGCAGUCACCCAGGGGUUCCCCCCUGUGUCCAAACUGGGGAGCCAGGUUCUCUUUGCUGCCUACUCAGUGCUAUUUGGAGGGGCCUUGGCUGGGUUCUUGCAGGGCGUGGUAAGGUGGUGCAGGCGUCCUGUGUCCAGCUGGGCACCCCACAGCGAGGCCACCCCUUGCCAUGUGGCAGGACAGCCAGGGUCCAGGUUGGCAGUGGGCACCUGGGUGGUGGACCCUCUUCCUUUGUUUCUAUUACAUUUUCAUUAAACGUGAGGAAAGCUCUGA